GCGGCGGCGGGGGGCGGCCGCUCCCGGAGGGCAUCCCCGGCGGCGGGUCGGGAGCGGGUCUCGCUGCUCAGCACCUCCUUCGUGCUCAAAGGGGACGCGUCUCACAACCAGGCGAUGGUGCACUGGACGGGCGAGAACAGCAGCGUGAUCCUGAUCCUUACCAAGUACUAUCAUACUGACAUGGGCAAAGUGUUGGAGAGCUCUUUGUGGAGGUCCUCAGAUUUUGGGACGUUAUAUACAAAGCUGAAUCUACAGCCUGGGAUCGCCACUGUUAUUGACAAUUUCUACAUUUGUCCCACCAACAAAAAAAAGAUCAUUCUUGUAAGUUCUUCCCAUAAUGACCGUGACCAGAGCCUUUUCAUAAGCACAGAUGAAGGAGCUACAUUCCAGAAACAACCCAUUACUUUCUUUGUGGAAACUCUCCUCUUCCACCCAAAAGAAGAAGACAAAGUACUCGCUUACACAAAGGAAGGCAAGGUUUAUGUAUCCAUUGACUUGGGGAAAAAAUGGGUCCUUCUUCAGGAACAUGUUUCAAAAGAUCAUAUUUUUUGGGCUGUUGCUGGAGUUGAUGGAGACCCUGAUUUAGUUCAUAUGGAAAUUCAGGACCCCAGUGGAGGUUAUCGCUACAUCACUUGCCAGAUUCAGAAUUGUUCUGAUAAGACGAUGACAGUCCAGUUUGCUGGUAGCACUGAUCGGGAUUCCCUGACUGUGCAGGAUGACUACAUAUUCCUUCAGACAACAUCAGCAAAUCGGACCAAGUAUUAUGUAUCCUACCGUCGAAAUGGCUUUGUGCAGAUGAAGUUGCCAAAAUAUGCCUUGCCAAAAGAUUUACAGAUAAUCAGUACAGAUGAAAACCAGGUAUUUGUGGCUGUUCAGGAAUGGUACCAGACAGACACGUACAACCUGUACCAGUCCGACCCACAAGGUGUUUACUACUCCAUCCUGCUGGAGAACGUCCGGAGCACGAAGCAGCCAGAAGAAAAUGUCCUGAUAGAUAUUCUGGAGGUCAGAGGUGUAAAAGGAGUCUUUCUGGCCAACCAGAAGAUAGAUGGGAAAGUUACAACUCUAAUAACCUACAACAAAGGCCGUGACUGGGAUUUUCUAAACCCUCCAGACAUUGAUAUGAAUGGAAAACCUACCAACUGCAAACCUCCUGACUGCUACCUUCACCUCCAUCUCCGCUGGGCUGAUAAUCCAUAUGUGUCAGGAACAGUCCAUACGAAGGAUACUGCACCAGGGCUCAUCAUGGGGGCAGGUAACCUGGGAUCCCAGCUGGUUGAGUAUAAAGAAGAAAUGUACAUCACAUCUGACUGUGGGAAGACAUGGCGCCAGGUCUUUGAAGAAGAGCAUCAUAUCUUGUACCUGGACCACGGUGGAGUUAUUGUGGCCAUCAAAGAUACCUCUAUCCCACUGAAAAUACUCAAGUUCAGCAUCGAUGAAGGCCAGACUUGGAGUACGCAUAACUUUACAAGCACUUCAGUCUUCGUAGAUGGAUUACUUAGCGAACCUGGAGAUGAGACACUGGUCAUGACUGUGUUUGGACACAUCAGUUACCGCUCGGACUGGGAACUGGUGAAGGUGGACUUCAGGCCAUCCUUCUCCAGGGAGUGCACUGAUGAUGACUAUGAAUCUUGGGAGCUCACAAAUCUACAGGGUGAUCGUUGCAUCAUGGGUCAACAGAGGAGCUUUCGGAAGAGGAAGAUUUCAUCAUGGUGCAUUAAAGGGAAAAGCUUCACUUCAGCUCUAACGUCCAAAAUCUGUGAAUGUGCGAACUCUGAUUUCUUAUGUGAUUAUGGGUUUGAGCGCUCUGCACCUCUGAAGUCACAGUCUAGCAAGUGCUUUGCUGACUUUUGGUUUAACCCAGAAGCGCCUCCUGAAGACUGUGUGCUGGGGCAGGCAUACACCAGCAGCAGUGGGUACAGAAAAGUUGUUUCUAAUGUGUGUGAAGGUGGUGUAGACCUGCAGCAGAACUUAGCACAGCAUUUGUGUCCACUGAUUGCUCCCAAGGGACUUCAGAUCAGCAUCAGAGGAGAAAGCCUGGCUGUUAAGCCUGGGGAGGACAUCACCUUCAUUGUCAGACAAGAGCAGGGUGAUAUAUUGAAUACCAAGUACCAGGUGGAUCUUGGCGAUGGAUUUAAGGCAAUAUAUGUGAAUCUUACAAUGACUGGGGAACCCAUUCGUCACCGUUAUGAGAAUCCUGGGAUUUACCGUGUCUCGGUGAAGGCUGAAAACGUUGCCGGACACGAUGAGUCUGUAGUAUUUGUCCAAGUCAACUCUCCUCUGCAGGCUUUAAAUUUAGAAGUGGUACCAGUCAUUGGCAGAAACCAGGAGGUGAAUCUGACAGCCAUCAUACUGCCUAAGAACCCUAACUUGACGGUCUUUUACUGGUGGAUAGGCAACAAUCUUCAGCCACUUCUUACAUUGGACAGUUUUCUGGUGACGAGGUUCACUGUGACAGGUGAUGUCAGAGUGACAGUGCAAGCUUCCUGUGGGAACUCCAUGCUGCAGGAUUCCAAAGUUGUCCAUGUUUUUGAUCAUUUUCACAUUCUUCCUCUGAAAUUUACCAAGCACCUGGACAUGUACAACCCUGACAUACCAGAGUGGAGGGAAGACAUAGGGCGCGUAGUAACACGACUUCUUGCAAAGGAAACCAAUAUACCUGAAGAAACGCUUAUGACAGUUGUGAAACCUGGUCUGCCCACAACUGCUGACUUGCACGUGCUGCUAUCAGUAAAUCAACCAAAAAGGAAAAGAAGUGUAACUAGUGAUAAGAGAAUAGCGGCUAUAAAGCAGGCCUUGAAUGCACACAACAUCAGUUUCUUUCUACGGGGUGGAUACUGGGUCUUAGUGACAUUAGCAGACUCCGAUUCAGACUCUCAAAGAAUUGGAGGAGGCAGUGGCUACUGGGCUAUUGUGGUUCUCUUUGUUAUCUGUUUAGUCGCAGUUGGAGCUUUCAUCCUCUACAAGUUCAAAAGGAAACUACCAGGCAGGAAUGUCUAUGCCCAGAUGCACAAUGAAAAAGAGCAAGAGAUGACAAGCCCUGUUAAUCAUAGCGAGGACACCCAGAACAUCAUCCAGGGUGAGGAGUUUAUUGAUGAUGAUCUGGACUCUCAAACGCUAGGUAACGCAAGAGUGACUCCUUCUGGGAGAAGUGGCAACUUGAACAGCUACAGAGUUCCCCUAUUGCUGAUGCCGGUCAGUGUCCAGUCCCAGGCAAUCACUCAGGCGUGGUUUUGAGCAUCAACUCCAGAGAGAUGCACAGUUACCUGGUUAGCUGAUAUUUACAGCUGAAUGCAAAAACCGAAAGACUCUUCUCUGUAUCGUUUUAUUUUUCCCUGGUGAUGUCACAAACUUGCAAAUAUGGCUGUAAAUGCUGGUGGAGAGAAGGUUCCCUAACAGUCCCAUGGAAAAAAAGCGUCCAUUGUCUGUUACUGGUGGAGAAGGAUGCACAUCUUGUGUUCACUAAUGGCCUGAGAAUUUGUUAUUCAAACUCAAGCUGCAGUAGCAAAUGUGCAGCCCUGGGCACAUUCAAUGCCACCUUCUUUUUUUCCUGUAUAAGCUCUUGUUCUCUAUGUUUAUUUUUAGGAGGAUUGACUGUAACUUUUUAAUUAUAUUUUUAAUUGAGGUAUUCAGCAGAAGGAUGGGACUUUUCAGCUUGAAAAGGUGAUUUCUAAACCAGAACAGGUGCUGGUUGGUCUCAAUGACAUGGUUUCAGAGGGCCGUAACUCAGCAGUGGUUCUGUACUGGGAGAGGACUGAGCGAGGAGCUGGAUGUUUUCCUGGUCAGUACAAGCUCUUAACUUAAAUACAUGUGAGACAAUCUAAUGAAUUUAGGCCUAGGCCCUUCCUUGGACUAAACAAAGUGCUAAGUAGGUUAUCUCAUAAUUAUAGGAUAACGCUCCUUUAAGUGUAGCAAGUCCUGACAAACCCUCAACACCAGUACCUCUCCUGAUCCCACCCGUGUAUGAGAUAAACACACCAGCGUGAAGCUUUUCCCAGACCAGGUGCCUUCACUUACAGACGGUCAUUUCAGUUGCUCUCUUCUUGUCUUCUGAAUGAGCACCUCUAGGAUGAUGACAGCUGCCAGAGCCGUUAUCAUGUAACAACCCAUGCUGAUGGCCUGUCUCUUUUUAAAUUUCCUUGGAGUGUAAAUACGUCUUCAUGGUCACUUUCAUUGUAGGACUAUUUUUUAAAGACUUGCUGUUAGGUCUGAGAUGCCGGGAAGGUCAGAGCCCUCCUCCAGUUUGGACACUGCAGUCCCUUUCCUACCCACAUCAUCCCUUGGGAUUUCAACUUUGGAGGCAGGGAUGGGUAAACGCAUACCCCAGCUCCUCCAUUUGUGUUGGUCUGACAAGCCAGAGGGCGUGAGGAGGGUCCAUAUCAGUAGUAUCAGGUCCGUGCUUCCUUUCUCUCACCACAGGGUGUCACUCGGACCCCACCACAGCAGUGGUCCCAACUUCUGCAGGUUGGGCAGGGGGUUGUAGUAAGGCAUUUCUCUUGGAAACCUACAUAACCUCUUCACUUUUUGCCUUCAGUGGAGGAUAAAUAGCUCUUUACUCACUGAAUGUCACACCAAUGCUAGUGGCAAGCUCCCACACCACCUUGUGUGCAGGGAAUACAGGUAGCUGGCUUCAUCUGCCUGAGUAAACAAGCAGUAAAUAAUGAAUGCUGGCAAGACACAAAAAAACUGUCUUAAAAUUACUCCACGCAUUGGAGUCAUUCUUCUGCAUAGCUGUGGAUAUCCUAGAGCAUAUGGUUGUCAAAUGCAGCAGAGUGGGAUGUCAUAAUUCAGUGCAGUGAUGUGGGCUCUCAGAAACCCCACAGGAUGUAUGUGUAAAGCACAAGAAAAUCUUGUUUAGAAACGUCAUGUAGUGACCUGGAUGAAAAAGUUAAAGAUGCUGAAAAAUACUGCAGACUCCUCAGGAAAAUAAAUUCACAAUUCUUUCCAAAAUUUCUGCCUAUGUAGUGGUGGAGUGCUGUGCAAACUGGCCCAGAGAGAAGCAGUGAUCUAGCUAACUUCUGUGUUCAACAAGUGUGUGCUUAAAUCCAAGAUGUUACAUGGAACCGAGUCUGCAUUUCUCAAAGAGAAGUGUGAUAUAGAAUGCGCUGUGCAUUGGAAAUUUGGUUGCACCAGUGUUCUCUAGUGAAAAUGAGCUGGAACAGACAGUAAAAUGGCAUUGCAAACAGCUUGCUUGUUCCUGUGAAAUGAAUUUGAAGUGGGCAUGGAGCAUGGAGUGAGCAGGGGACUAGUCUCAUAGUCAAGGUAUGGGAUGGAGAUCCGAGCACUGAAAUUGCUUUCCCACUGUUUGUCUGAUUAGUUAAGGACGUUGUUGGAACUGGGUCACACAUCUGACCUGUUCUUUAGCAGCUACUUUCAUACAUUUAAAACAGGGUGAUUUGUGUCUCUGAUAACAGCAGUCUUUUGGAAAAGAGUAGAAUAUUUAACCACGCGCUACUCUAAUUAACACUUAGCACAAUAUAGUGCCUGUAAUAAUGUUUUUCAAUGCUAAUUAAUUUGAUUCAUGCAGCACUCCUGCGAGGUUGGUUUGUCAUAUCUUAAAAGCAUUGUUUCCUAAAGAGUUGUCAGUAUUGUUAUAACUGUAUUAGCAAUAUCCAACAGAUAAUAAAGUAAGCUUUUAGUUCUCCAUCAAGAGUAACUUAAAUGAGUUAUUUUGAAACUGAGAAAAUACCAUUCCUAUUUUCCCAUUUGCAAUUUAUCUUUAGAUGAAAAUUAUCACUAGUGUUAGGUUUUGAACUAUGUCUGUGGUAUAUAUAUGUAUAUAUGCCUUAAGAUGCUUAUAUAUGUAUAUGUAUCUCCUUUACAUAAGUCUGGUUACAUGAAUAUACAGAAACUGAGUUCAUUCUUCGCAUAAACGCCAGGCAUAUGUGCACGCAUGAGUACAGGCAUUGUUUGUGCACACUCCAGUUAAGUUUCUUAGUGAGGAAGGGUGAUUAGCUAAGAAAGAGAGGAUGGUUGUCACACAUCUGGAUUCUGUACCCAGACUCUGGGCAAAUUACUUAACCUGUAUGUGCCUCAGUUUUCCCACCUGUAAAAUGGCAUUAAUAGUAAUUACCUACCUCACAGGGGUAUUGUGAGGCUAAAUCAAGUACAGUUUAUUCAGGAUCUUCAGCGCAAGUACGUAAUAUUAGUAGUCAUGCUUCUUUGUUUAAUUUAUAAUGAUUGCUGUUAUUUAAAGACGACUGAAACCAACCACAAUUAUAUGUAACUGUAAAAAUAUCCAUAAUCCAAAACAGGUACGUAACUGUUAAAAAUAAAAAUAAUGCAAUUUGGUUUGAAAACUAUUACUGGACCAUAUUGUUAUGCAGUAGCAUUGCAGCAUGGGUUUGAUCUUGCUAAUUUGCAUCCCAGGAUCUUAAACUUCCUUUUCUGCAGUGUUAAAUGGUCAAAGGUCUUAUCAGUGUUGACAGUGGACCACACUAAAAACAAUAACAACAAAACGGGUAUUGUAUUGGUAUCAUUUAGAACUUGUGGUUUUCUUAAAUUGUUCCUAUUUGCAAUUUCAAAAACACCUAAUACUUUUCAGUGCUGAUAUGAAGCACGCUUAACAGCCAUCAAGAUUUACAGCUAUUAGCAGUGGUUUUCCUUUUGACAUCGGAUGUUUGAGAUGGCUGUAGGGUGAUCUGUCCAGAUAAUGUGCUCAGAAAUGCCCAAAGACAUCUAGUGACACUCACCCACCCCCAGUGUAAAUUAAUUUCUCGAGAAUAAAGGCAAUAUAAACUUAUGUGUGCUUUAAUAUCCUAUAAAGAGGGUGGUGAAAGUGACUGUGAGGAAAUAGAUGGAGUGAGCCUGAGGCAAGCUGCUGUUAUAGCUCCAAUUCACAUCCAAUUUCUUUGAACUCUGUGAGGAUAUUCUCAUUGAAUUAUAUCAUUCUUGGUGAGUUUUCUGCUUCCUUUGGCCAGUGGGAAAAGUGAAGUGUUUGUUCUCAUAAAACAAUUUGUUACAUUACUGUCCUCUGGACAAACAAAGGCACAUCACUGGUUUGCCAUCAUGAGUUCAAAGUAUGAAGCAGAUUUCAGGUGAUGUUACUAUGUUGGUUAUCUGUAUUUUAAGUCACUGAGUGGGAAUUUUAAGUCUUUUUAGUGGGAAUACUCUUAUUACUGCAUGCUGCCUCUUUAAUAGAGGUUAGCAGAGUGGAACUGCAUUGGUUUCUAUCUUCCUUACACAAAUACAUGUGUGUUUUUUCAUUUGUAAGAAAUGAAAUGCAUUUGUUUGUAGCUACUUUUUUGAUGACAAACCAGUGAUUCUGAUAUGCUUUGAAUUUUUAAUGUUAUGUAAAUUUGAAUCUGAUGUUGCUAAGUCAGUAACACGAAUGACAAUUUCAGUUGAAGAUGUUCCCUUUGUUUCCCAUAAAACUGUGCUGUAAGUUUUUUUAAUGAAGCUUUUUGGGGAAAAAGAGACUAAAAUCUUUUAUUUCAUUGCCAAAUCAUUUACAUUUAGAGUUGCUUUUUAUAUGUUGAUUGAUACUGCUGUGUUUUUUCCAUCUUCAUUCUGGCUUAUGAUCAGAAAGAAGUUUAUAACCAUUUACCUUUAUAAAUAUAUUCUUUUGAGGUGCAGGACUUUACUGUGUAUCCAGGCCGUCUCUAAAGUUCCUUCCUCUAUUUUUUUCCCUCUUCUAGAUCCAAUUGCAUAUUUCUUCUACUUUUCUCUCUGAGAGUGGCAUAUAGCCUAAUCACACUUCUCUGUGAAAAUCUUUCUAAAACUCACAUUAGAAUAACAUUUAAGUGCCUAGAAGUAGUUACAGAGUCUGCUCAGAGUGCUAUCAGUAUGUUAAGAAGUCUAUAUUUUCAUAUUAGUUAUUUGCUUUCAUUAUUUGCUUUCAGGAUUAGCCCUCUGAUGCCACUUAAGUGUUUAUUCUUUCCAUGGCUACAAGUAUAAUGUUUUUCACUUACUUUCAAGUGCAAUCAUUAAGUGACAAGUUUUGAAGUACCUUAGACCCCCAGUUAGCUUUAGCAAUUAAGAACUGAAGCCCUGCAGUCUUUGACAAAUGUCAAGGUAUUCACUCUUGUUUUCUUAAUAGUCCUUCACAAGUCAGCCUUCCAGGCUGGCAGUUUUCUUCCUGUUCUUUUUGCUGCCAUAGUGGACAGGAGUGCAGAAGGGUUUCACCAUACCAGCAACAGACCCACCCCAGACUGGAACAGGAACCAUCCAAUGGACUCAUUUUUAAUUUAUUCUACUUGCUUUUAAAUUGCGGAGGAUGAUACGUGCCAUCAGGGAACUGAAGUCUGGUCAUCUGCACAAAUGGUACUUCAGAAUGGUCUGAAGACAAAAGAAUACAUUCCUUUCAAAGCAAGCUAGGUUCAGAUUUUGCAAUAUGCAAGGUUGUACUUCUUUAAGUCUUCAGACCUUGAAUUUUCCUCCUGUCAAAUGGAGUAGCAGAUUACUGAAAAUGUGAAUUCUGGAGCUAUGUUUAACUGAAUAUUUACAUUCUUUUCAUUUCUCUCUUUCUCUCUUUUUUAAAAUUUAGGCUUGUCAUAAUUACUAUUUCCAGAUACUUUAUGUGCCAGUAACAGUGAGGUUCUUCUGGAAAACAGUAUUUAAGACAAGAAAUACUGAAAGGUUUAGAAAUAUGCCUUCACAAGUGCAACGAUACAGCCCUGUAGGCAGUGGUAGGCUAUGAGUAUACUGGACAUCAUAACAAAAGUCUAAUCAAAGACCUGUUAUGAUCUAUAUUCAAAUAUAUCAUUUUUAAUAAUCUCUCCUCAAAUAUAUUCUUAAUUGCAUUCUCUUGUCUCUCUUUUUAGAUGAAAUUUCUUUUUAGGAAAGAUAUUUAGUCAUUCUGAAAAGAAGUAUAUUCUUUCCCUAAUGCAAGUUAUUCAGUUCAGAAUUAUUCCUUGCCGUACUUUGAAAGUAUUACAUAACUGUGAGCUUUAUUAGCCAGACUUGAUUUCUGAGUUUCUGUAGAAUUUGCAUUUUUAUGCCAGUUUGUUGCAAUGCAGUGGACAUAAAGCCGUGUUAGGCAGCAAUAAUACGUGCAGCAUUGUAUGCUUUGUUUGCCUAUAUUUUUAAUGGUAUGAUGAAUAUAUUGAUAAUCAAUAAGUUCAGGCACUCCAAAUAACCUUCUUAGUAUAUAUUGUAUUUCUAUGUUAUUUGUUGAUAGUUUUGUCUACUUUUUGCUACUUUUGUUCACUUCUUACAGAAACUGACUUUGAUCUUUCAGAUCAAGAGGCAAAAUCAGCUUGUUCUCUUUAAAUAUCAUAGAAUCAUAUAUACAUGUGUAUUCAUACACACCAUUUACUUAUUGAGUUAAAACACUUUAGGAAGUAAAUCUUUCUAGAGUGAUGAAAGAGAUGCUUGGACAGAAGAACAGCAGACUUGUAUCCACAUAGCUUCUGAGACAGGCAUCUUUUAUUGGAUUGCAAACAGGCAGAGCUACACAGAUGUGUACAACCCAAAGAUCACUUAUGUGCAUGCAGGCAAUUCACAAGACAUAGUAGUAAAGGAGCACUUUAAAUACCCUGUUUACAUGUACCAGGUUCACAGAAGGACAGUCAAAUGGUAACGCUUACGGACUGUCAUCUGAAACAUAGAAAAAUACUCAACUUACUAUCUAUGUUUGCUAGUAAAUGCACCCCUCUCUUUGUUUGCUGACUAACUUUUGAGUUGCUGAACUCUUUGGGGAGAUGAUCUUCAUUGUUUAAUGCUUGGAACUUAGUGAUAAGUACUUGGUGAUACUAUAUAGAAAAAUGUAUCCAAAUUGACUGUCUGCAUUCCUUUCUCCCUGCCUCGUUUCCAUUUGCAACUCUUUAAUACUUUCACAUUUCACUUUGGCUCACAUAUUCUCUAAAUCUUUCAGGGGCCCUUUUGCCUUUGAAGCCCUUUUUCCAGCUCUUUGGCCCAGAGGGCAGAUAAUUCUGUCUGAGAUUGGGAACAGUUUUGUCCUCCUUGAAGGAAUGAUGAGCCUGUAACUAGCAUUUUUUUUUUUCCUCUCAUUCGUAUAUAUUGUCUUUGCUGUCUGCCUUCAGUGGAAGAAAUAUAUCUAACUGGCAGACAUCUGUACCCAUAAUCUUCCAGAUACCUCCUCCUGCCUCAUUUCAGGUUAUGAGGAUGUGACACGAUGUUUGCGCAAGUCUAAACCUGGAAAAUGGCUGAAAUAAAGAGGAUCUGUUGCUAUGUGGAGGAGCAGUAGGGAUCAGUCUUUUUGGGAACAGUUGUUUGGGUUGAUGAGACAGGUCUGAAUGCGACCUUUCCUAAAGGUGGAGGCAAAUGGCUUUCUCUCAAGUCCAUAAAAUGCAAAUUUACAAGUCACUGGAUAGUUUUGGCAGAUUCUUCCUGUUGGAGAAGCUUGGAGGUGAUUGACAUAACAUAACUGUAAAGCUCAGAGGUCUUUUUGUAGAGUAGAACCUAGGUUAGAGGGGGAAGGUAUGCAGGAAAGGCGCAGGAGGGAGAAGAGCACAAGGUUAUACAGGACAGAGAAAUGCAAGGAGAAAGGCAGAGUUAUCAGUUUUUAUGAUUCUGCCUUGAGUGCCUGAUUUUAUGUUUUCAUUCAACUAUUUGUAAUAGCAUACAUUUUCAAUAUACAGCAUCAGGGACGCAAGUUAUCAGCUCUACCAAUUUAGAGACAUCAGACACACAGUGACAUCACAUAUGAGGUACAUGGAAAAGAGUUUGCUUCCUACCAACCAGAAUGCAUCUGUAUGUGCUUCAGAGGCUGCUCAAAUGCAGCUUUAUCUAUGAGAUGAAUGCAGGCCAGUUGCUAGUGGUGCUUCUCCUUCUUAUUAUGUCACUGAUCUAGGAGGCAAGGGAGAAGAGUUAUUUUAUGGAUUAAUUAUGUGUAUUGGACUUACGAUGCUUAAAUCCCUCUAUGAAUGAACUAUGAUUUUAUAAAGUUUAGGGAGGAUGAAUGGAGCUGGUGAGUAGACAGAGCACUCCUGAGAGUAAAUGCCAGACACUAGAGUUUACUGGACAUGUAAAUAGAAAUGUUAGGUUUAGGUACAUAGAAUUCUUAGAUUUCCAAUACACAGCAGACAUUUGAGUACAGUUCCUUCCUUAUUUUUGUCACUGACAUGUUAUGAUUUAUUUCUUCAUGGAUGCAUGGCACGAGAUACAUUUGCCACAGGGCAGGAGGCAUUGGAGUGAAAACCUAAUCACAGGGAGGAAAGAAUUCUCCCCUCUUCACCUCAGUCUCGUCUGAGUUAGUUUUCUCUUGUUGUGGUUCUGCCAGCAAGAUGGCCUGAUGUCAAAAGGAGAUUUACUCGUUUUUAUCUUCUUUGGUGUGACUGAGGGGAAAAAGAAGAAAAAUUUCCAAAGGAAUAGCAACUCAAAAGAGUUGCUGAACUUGAUCAGCUUGUAGGGUGCUUCCCCCCCUUAUGCUUUAUUUACCACUUAUUUUCACAGUUCUGUGCACUUUGGUCUACCAUAUAUUUGUUUCUUUGCAAGAGCGAAAAGAAGUCAUUCUAAAAAAUAUCACACUGGAACAUCACAAAUGGGGCUUUGGAGGACAUCAGAUGUAUUGCCCUUCCUCACCCAAAUUAAAGUAUCUCAGUAUUAUGAGGCACUGGCAGAAGCUGCCCAGAGAGGUGGUGGAUGCCUCAACACUGGGGCUAGUCAAGGUCAGGCUGGAUGGGGCUCUGGGCAUCUGAUCAAUCUGUAGGUGUCCCUGUUCAUCACAGGGGAGUGGGACUAGAUGACCCUUUGAGGCCCCUUCCAACUCAAACAAUUCAAUGAUUGUAUGAUCAUAACUCUGUACUCGCACUCAUGAAUCUGUGCUACGGAUAUAAAUACAUCCAGGAUUAGGAACUGGAGAAAGAGUUCAGAAAGAAGGAGAGUUGGAAUGGGAGUAUUUUCCAUUUUAAGAGUAAAGGAUGAACACUCUCAUAUUUACAGUGCAUCUCUGGCUGUUCCAACGUGUGGGUCCAAAAUCUUUCCUUCCUGACUUGGACAAAUCAACCAUAUAUAUUUUAUUCACAUUAUCCAUAGCAAUAAUGUGGGGAAAAUAAAGGAUAAUUAAACCAAAUUCAGUAUCUUCAGGCUAAUUAGAUGUACUGCUCUUGGCAAAGCCAAUAACAUUAGAGCUAAGCUUGGCACACUACCUGUGAAAUUUUGCAAAUCGAUCCUCAUUUUGUUAUGUGGAGCAUCAUUUAUUUGCUACCCUAAUUUAUGGCCAUGCAGAUUCACAGACUUUGUUAGGUAAACUGUGAUCGAGAAGAGAGACGUUCAUCCAUAGUGAAUCAGAAAUGUAGCUGCAGUUGUCAUCUCUCUGCACCCAUAUGCACACAGCUGACUUCACCUGGAAUUCUUAUUCUGAUAGUUAGCGAGUGUGUUUUAUAUACUCAUUUCUUAACUACUUGCAACUGCUUUUUUAGAAUACAGUCAACAAAUGGGAGAUGGUAAAGUAAGCAAUAUUGGUGGUAGGUGGAUGGUUGGAUUAGAUGAUCUUACAGAUCUUUUCCAACCUUAAUGUUGGAAAAUCGUAGAAUCAUAGGAUUCUAAAUGCUUAACACUGUGUUUCUGACCAGAUUUCUGGCAAAGGGACCCUUUCAAUCCAUGCAAACAUUCCUAGUGGUAGGCAGUAUGCUGCAGUCCUCUCCUUCUGCCUUUGCACAUUUUAGUGCUUGUGAAAUCCAUACACGCCUUUUCCUAUUUUUGUUUCGAGAGAUCAUGACCAGGUUUCUUUGUAUACAGUAUCAGGACUCAAGGGAAGAAUGAGAUUAAUCCAUAACCGGUGCAUUGUCAUAAACGGGGAAAAGUGUUAUUUGUAUAUUAUUGUAAAUAUGUAACAUUUAAUGGCAGUUUUGUAGUGACGUGCUGUUUUUGAGAAGAAGAAGAAAAAAAUCAAAUAUAUGUUUGAAUAUGCUUAAUGUAACACUUAACUGUGAUUCUAUUGCACAAUCAAUAGCCUAAUCAAAAGUCUUGUGCAAUAUGUAGUGCACACACAUAACCAAGUAUCUGUUAGUGGCCCACAGCCAAGGUUUUGGCACCUUCUAAUGAUGGUGAUGAACUGUGCAGUACAGUUUAUCACAGUCUCUUUCAGCUUCCAAACAUGUAGCAGGCAGACUACUGUAUACGUACCUGUGUACUCCACUGCAUCCAAAGGUAUGCAUUUGUCCUGAGAACCUGGCACUACAGGUUUUUCUUUAAUAAAAUUUGGUUCUAAACUA